ACUGAUUUUAAUGUCAUCUUUUAAACUCCGGAAAAGUCCGGGAAUAUGCAGCUGGUUGUUCAUAGGGGAAAACAUGCCUCAUUUGCCAUUGCUGUCACAUUCGCAUUUCUUGCAGCGAUUUUUAAUGUAGUCGGCUUUGUGUCCCCAUUCUGGAUUGUCUCGAAAUCAGGAUCAAACGUUGGUUUUCAAAGACUAGGCUUGUGGGAGGUUUGUUUCGACAAUUUCAUCUUUCCGGAAGACUAUGUAUCAAAGGCUUACCAGGGAUGUUGGUAUAUUUACUAUCCAGAAUAUAAAUAUAUCAGAUUUUGGCUGAAUCCACCUUGGUUCUAUUUUGUGCAAAUUUUGUCAAUUAUUAGUUUGAUUUGUAAUCUGGCCGGACUUUUGAUGAUAGUUCUUAUUAUAUGCGAAGUAUAUGGAACCAAAGAACGAAAACCACAUUUUAUUAUAAUGGGGCUGCAGUCUGUUGCUCUCGCUUGUUUUGUGGUGAUCACAAUAUACAUGGGGGUAAUGAGCAAAGAUCGUGAAUGGUUACCAAGACCUGACUUGAAUAUGCUGUCUUGGAGUUUCGCAUUUGCAGUGUUGGCGGGAUUCUUUACUACCUUCUGUCUUUUUGGAUUAGUAACACACUAUUUAUCGGUGGAAAGUAAGCAAUUAAUGCAAGAUCCUAUAUUACGACAAAAGUUAUUGGGAAGUGCAGGAUAUUAUCGAUCUCAAAAACUUGUUUCACACUACGAUAAAGUCGGUGCAGCUACUGAGUCCAAAUUAGAUGGUGCUGGUACAGUCCCUUCUCUCUUCACUACAGUGCCAUCGACCUUUGCUGGUCAACAGCCUGGAUCACAAAUCGGCCCCACUAGUACUCUAAUGGCUCCUGGAAUGUCAAGUAUUCUAAGCAGAAAUACAAUUGCUCCAGGAGCUGUAGGAGGGAAUGCAGCGGGAACAUCUGCAGCCACUGUUUCUGCCAAACUAAGGGAAUCAUUAGAAGCACAAAGGAUUGCUGUUUUGGAGGCAAAUUUACGUGCAGCUGAGAACGAGCCAGCUCAAAAAACAGAAAAUAUCUACGGUCCAACUUCAGCACAAUCUUUAUAUACCCCAAAUAUAAGAAAUGAAACAAGAUAUGAUGGAACGAUGUCCAGACAAGGAGGACCUCUUGGAUCUAUGACUCAUUUACAAUCAAACGUUAAUAUGGAUUCAGCAGUGUAGUUCAAAUUUCAAUCUAUUAUAAAUUUUCGAUCGAUUUUUAAUUUAUUUGUACAUUGGCAGCCUGAAAUUAAAUUUAUCGUUUAUAAGCCGUUUUCACUCUAAGAAA